CCCUCUGAACUGCUGACUGCUGAGUUAGCAGCAAAUGGCGUCAUUCAGUGUCACUCUGGAAGAGCUCCACGAUCUGCUGUAGCGAUGUGUGACAACAAAGAAACGAUCACUUGGUGUCCGUGCACACCUCUGGCGAAUCUGGAGACGUUCAGUGAAAAAAUCAUCGCUUGAACUGGUACUGGUAAGAAGAUAGCGGGUUUACAGAAGAAGAAGAUGAUGAUGAAGAAUAUAAUGACACAGAUUGUGAAAUCGCGUAUGAGCGAAUUCUCGCGUGGACGACUGAAGGCAGACUUGCAGGUUGCAGGCCAGAAUGAUACCAACCUGGCUGUGAGAUAGGGGGACCCCCCCCCCGCCUACCAUGACCUCCAUCUCCAAAAACUACUUGGAGGUA